CUCAUUUCUUUGUUAACACCGCUUGGGCGUGUCCCGCAUCCACUAGGAUGAGAUUGAGGUGGUGCGCAGGCAUGAUUGAUUGUGUCCUUGCCCCCGCUGUGAUGACAAUUAUACAAGUGCCUUCCUGGCGAGACCAGAGCGAGACACAACAACGAGGCUGAAGCAGAGACGAAGAAGGAACGCGUCGGCUGAAUUUGUCACACUCGCCGGCUAAUUGGCUCGCGCGCACGUUUGCUCCACCUCUCGAGUAGUUCGUUGCUGCUUCUUGCAGCAGCGAACGCCUGGCUCGUCUGUCAAUGUAAGAAGAGGUCCACCAACCAGGGCGAGGAGAGAAUGACAUGCCGGUGGCGCGAUUCGUGCGGCACUCGCCCUCGUACCUCUACCUGAAGCUCUACUCGCUCUCGCUCCUCGUCACCCUCUUUGCCAGUGCCCCCGUCUCUGCGCGUUUGGCGGCCGCGUCGGCGGCGACGAGGAGCGACCAUGUGCGGUGGAUCGAGCGCGUGCGGGCGGUGGCCGAGGAGGGCGUGCGCAAGCGGAGUGCCGAGCUGCGGCGCCUCGCCGGUCUCUCGCCGGUGGCCCCCACUACUGCCGCCGAGACCGAUGAGAGCAAGGGAAAGGCCGAGACUGGACUCUCACCCAGGAGUGUGGGAGUGGGAGGAGGACGAGGAGUACGGCGACAGCAGGGACACCCGUUUCCCUUUGCACUCAAGACACUGGCGACCGAUGCCGACACGCGCUUCCCGCAGGUGGCGCUCACGUCGGUCGGCUCGCGCGUGGCAAGGGUGCUUCGUCGCUGGGGCCGGCGCGUCAAGGACAUGAGCGAGGUCCGGGGCUCCGUGAGGCGCGAUGCCGAGGACAUCCAGCGCUUCCCCGAGCUGGCCCUGCAGGCCCAUGUCCGGCGCUCGGCCCAGGCCCACGAGCUCGAGACGCGGUUUGUCGAGGCACGCAAGCGCCACGCCGCCGACCACGGUCACCUGGCUGCCUUUCUCGCCGAAUCGCUUUCUACCAAUACGCCCAUCGAGGCGGCCGAUGUGCCGACGGUGGCUGUCGGUGGCUCUGGUGGUGGCUACCGUGCCACAUUUGGCUUUGCUGCCGCACUGGCCGGGCUCAAGCGCGCCGGCGCAUGGGACCUCGUCACCUGGCUCGGCGGCGUCAGCGGCUCCUGCUGGACCAUCGCCGGUCUCUACACCAUCGCGGGCCUCUCGCCUGCCCGGCUGCUGGCCCACUACCGCGCCGUGGCACGCGAGGGCCACCACCCGAUGAGCAGGCAGGCCCUCGACACUGUCGCACGCUCCCGCCGCGGCGUCUACUUUCUCCUCGCCCCGCUGCUCGCAAAGGCAAACAGCGGCGUCGUCGGCGUCGGCAUCAUGGACCUCUAUGCGACCAUGACGACGUGCUACCAGCUGCUGAGCCGCUCGCCACACGCGCGCCCGCGCCUCGCCAGGUCUACCUUUCAGUUCUCCCGCGUCUGGCAGCGCCACAGCCUCGCUGCUGGACACGCGCCCCUGCCCGUCUUCUCGGCCGUCCGGGUGAUGCAUGCAUCGCCAUCUUCAAGCGACUCACGGAAGACCAACGACGCGAAGCACAUGGCGACCGACGAGCAAGACAAGGAGACGGCGGGCAUGCCCACGGCCGACAUUGCCGGCCUCACGCGGGGCCGGCUCAACUACCAGUGGUGGGAGGCCACGCCCCUCGAGGUUGGCUCCAGCGAUGCCCGCGCAUGGAUCCCCACCUGGGCCUAUGGCCGGUCCUUCGUGUCGGGCAAGUCGGUCUCGACGGCACCCGAGAUCUCCCUCGCCCUGCUGCUGGGCCAGGCCACGAGUGCGCCCGCCGGCCCGCUCACGGGCUACAUUUCGGCGCUCCUCGCCACGUUGCCCCGCGGCACCAUCAUGUCGACGCUCCUCGCGCGCCUCAACGACUUUGUCAUGCACCGCCGCUGGGAGAAGCGCUGGGGCAACCCGAUCCGCGGCGCAGACGAGCCCAACCCGCUGUACGGCAUCGGCGACGACGGCACUUGGGAGCCAAAGGGCCGCAUCAAGCUCAUGGACGGCGGUCUGAGCAACAAUCUGCCCAAUCACAUCUUCACCACUGCAGCCAGGCAGGCCGAUGUCAUUGUCUCCUUUGACCAGUCAUCGGACGUCCAGACGGGCGCCUCGCUCCUUCGCCUCGCCGACUUUGCACGUGAGCGCCGCCUGCUCCUCGUCCCCGACGGCGACACCUCGCCGCCGCCGCCAUCACCGCCGCCGCCCACCCGCGACAGCGACGCAACGCCCACGGCGGACGAGAUACGGCAGCGCUUCAAAGGGAAGUACGCCCUCAUCUUCCGAGGCUGGAAGGUCAAAGACGACCAGUCAGCGGGUGUCGCUUCCCCCACUGCCAAGCCUGCCGUCACGGGCGACCCUGACGUCUACCUCGUCUACUGCCCCCUGCUGCCGCACCCGUGCCAGCCCGACUUUGACCCCGUGACGGCCCCCUUCAGCACCUCGUACAACCUCGUGUGGACCAGCGAGCAGGUCGACACGAUUGCAAAGACGGCGCAGGCCAACGUGCAGGACUAUGUCGUUCCUGCGCUCAAGCAGGUGCUCCUCGAAGCCUACCAAGCCAAUAGAAGACGGCGCCUCCGCCAGCAAGUGUAACAGUACAGCAUCACUGCUUCUCCCGUUAGAGCAACAUUAGAGACUAGAAGGCUG